GGGGCAUCUGUAUCUUAGCUCUCGGCUUCUGAUCGCGUAUCGUGUGCGAUUGACGAUAUGUUUGUGCAAACAUUGUGGCCUCAAAUUCACUCCAGGUUCCUCUUGCAAUAUGGCUGCACCUCAGUAACCUUUGCACCAUGUCCGGUCCCGAUGGCGCAAUCACAACACGUACACCGCCCUGAACAAUUUGCCAACACAUUGUUAUCGUUCACAUACUGCAUUCUUUAAGUAUUGCAGGCCUUCGGUUACCUUUCCUUGAUACUGCAAUUAACACAGAACUUCGGAAGAGAUUCCACGCACGCCUACUAUGUGCAGAUUUAUGGUCUACAAAGGGAAAGACGAGAUACUACUCUCGGAACUUAUCCUGAACCCUUCGCAUUCCAUUCUCACACAGUCGUUUGAUUCUCGUCUCCGCCUGGAUCGUCGUCGACCGCACAACGGUGAUGGCUUCGGAAUCGGCUACUACACGUCUCCUUGUCUCGGCCCCGAACCCUGCGUCUUCACCUCCACGAUUCCCGCCUGGAACUGCAUAAACCUGUCGCGGAUAGCCUCCAAGACAACGUCGUCCCUCAUUUUCGCCCACGUCCGCGCCACAACCGAAGGCAAUCUGUCGGAUUCAAAUUGCCAUCCCUUUUCGUAUAAGAGCCUGAUGUUCAUGCACAAUGGCGGUAUUGGCUGUUUCAAGGGCAUCAAGCGACGGCUUGCGCUCAGCUUGAAUGAGCAGUGGUUCACGCUUGUCCAGGGGAGUACGGAUUCCGAAUGGGCCUUUGCGCUAUUCUUGGAUUGUUUGGAUAAGGCAGGGAUAUCCCCGGAUUCUGAGCCUGGAAAGGGCGGUUUUGGGCAUACAGUGUUGAGGAAGGCAAUGUUGAAGACUAUUGAGCGCAUCAACGAGUUCAUCAGAGAUUUCGUGGGUGAAGAUGGUAUGGGGAGUGAAGAUAGCAGGAGUCUGCUCAACUUUGCGGUUACGGAUGGAGAAAGUGUGGUAUGCACGAGGUAUGUGAGUAGCAAGACGGAUGAAGCGGCCAGUUUGUUCUUCUCGAGUGGCACAAGCUGGAAGGAGUUGAAGGGGGAGCAGAAGGAUGCCGAUUCAGAAGACAGAAGGGAUUAUGUCAUGGAGCGGAGAGACAAGGGAUCUGAUAUCGUCCUCGUCGCCAGCGAGCCACUCACUUUCGAGCGAGACAACUGGGUAACAGUCCCCACGAAUAGCACCCUCACGAUCUCCAAACAAACAGUCAUGAUCCACCCCAUCAUCGACGCUUUCUACUCCACAAACCCCGCACACGAGCGCUCUGCGGGCUUUGCGCAAGCCAAAGGCCAAACUGUCACGGGACCGGAUAAACGCGUGCUGACGCAGGGUAAGACGUCGGAGGAUGGCGGCUCAGGAAGAGCGAGUCCGUUGAGGGGUUCGGAGGUUGUCACGGGUGCCAUACGGCGGCUGAGGAUGGAGUGAGAAAGUUUGUGGAGAGGGUAGGGAAUGGGAUGUGUUUGUGAGUGAUGAUGCUUCAGUUGCGUGGGUACUGGAACGACGUGGGUUGGUUCUUCUUGUCGUUUGAAUACCCUUUCGAGAGUCUGUAUCGCGUGUCGUUUCUAGAUUAUCCUCAAUCCUGGGCUCUCUCAGGGUUACAUUCGAUUCCGAGUUCACCUCUCCUCGCUCCACUCCCCCCUUCUGCUUGGCGAACCUACCCCGCCAUUGAGCAGUGUAGCACAUUGGCUCAUGUUCAUG